AUGGGCGGCGAGCGGGUCGCCCGUCUUGCCAUGCUGGAUAGCGUUGCGCUGGCUGCCGACACGGACACAGGGCUGCCACUGGCCCGGCAGCCCUGGGCAGCGCAGGUUAGCCGCGUUCUCGCGGCGGCCGGCGCCCCCUGCGACUUGACUGCUGACGAGGGGGUUGCCUUACCUGAAUUGGCGGAAGCGCUCCUGGAGCGCCAUGUUGCCUCGUACACGCAUGCAUCCGUGAAGGUGCAGCGGUACAUUGAGGACGUGUGGGGGGGCAGCAUCUCUGCGGAGGCCUACACGCCUGCGUCGUUCCUGUGCGAUGUGCCCGAGCGCCGGCGCCGGGUGCGCCUGGCGCAGUGGCGCACGGGGUCGCACUGGAUGGCUGAGGAGACAGGCCGGUGGCAGCGGCUGGACCGCACCCAGCGCCCAUGCCCCCACUGUCAGGCCCCUCUAGAGGACGUACGCCACGCAGUGUAUGACUGCCCCCUAUACGCUGGGCUGAGGGAGGAGUAUGCUGAGCUCUUCCACAGUCCCGGCCACGCCUUGCCCUCCCUGGCCGCCUUCCUCGGCCAGGCCAGGCAGGGCCGGCUGGCCCGGUUUGCCGACCGGUGCCAUGAGGAGCAUGCUGCUGCCCUGGCACAGUGA